CCUGAAGGCUGAGUAGCCAGCAGGAUGCCGGGUCUGCUGAACCGGAUGACAGGGGCGGCCCUACCCCUUACUGCUUCUGAUGUCACCUCCUUCGUCAGUGGUUACGCCCUGGGUCUGACUGCGUCCCUCACCUAUGGCAACCUGGAAGCCCAGUCUUUCCAGGGCCUCUUCGUGUACCCGCUGGAUGAGUACACUACGGUGAUUGGCUUCGAGGCAGUCAUUGCUGACCGGGUUGUAACGGUACAAAUCAAGGACAAAGCCAAGAUGGAGGGUGGCCACUUCAAUGCCACCCACCUUCGAAACACAACUGUCACAGGUAACAUCCUGGGAGAGGGGGUUUCCGCCGGCACUCCUCCCUGCCCCCUGGGAAAGGUGGCAUUGGAUGAGGAUUUGGAGCGGAUCCUCUUCGUGGUCAACCUGGGGUCCAUCGCCCCGAUGGAGAAUGUCAAGGUCUUCAUCAGCACCUCCUCAGAGCUCCCAACGCUGCCCAGCGGGGCCAUGCGGGUCCUGCUGCCUGCUAUCUGCGCCCCGACAGUGCCCCAGUUCUGCACAGAGAGCGGUGACACCUCCAGCCAACAAGCCCAAGGCAAAGACAGGCAUUGCUUCGGCGGCCAGGCCCUGGACUCCUGUAACAAGCUGUGCCUGGCAACUCUUCUGGACAUGGAUGUGUCCAACCCCAUGGAAUACGAGUUCAACUUCCAGCUGGAGAUCCGUGGGCCCUGCCUGCUCGCAGGGGUGGAGAGUCCCACCCACGAGAUUCGAGCUGACGCCGCCCCGUCCGCACGCUCGGCCAAGAGCAUAAUCAUCACCUUGGCCAACAGGCAUACCUUCGACCGGCCCGUGGAGAUCCUCAUCCACCCCAGCGAGCCCCACAUGCCACACGUCCUGACGGAGAAAGGGGACAUGACUGUGGGAGAAUUUGAGCAGCACCUGAAGGGAAGAGCAGAUUUCAUUAGAGGGAUGAAGAAGGACUGCAGUGCAGAGCGCAAGACAGAAAUCAUCCGGAAACGCCUCCACAAGGACAUUCCCCACCAUUCUGUCAUCAUGCUCAACUUCUGUCCUGACCUCCAGUCGGUGCAGCCAAACCUGAGGAAGACUCAUGGCGAGUUUAUCUUCCUCGUGGACAGGAGCAGCAGCAUGAGUGGGACCAGUAUCCACUGUGUCAAGGAUGCCAUGCUGGUGGCCCUUAAGAGCCUCAUGCCAGCCUGCCUCUUCAAUGUCAUUGGGUUUGGAUCCACAUUUAAGACCCUCUUCCCUUCCAGUCAGACCUACAAUGAGGAGACCUUGGCCAUGGCCUGUGAAAACAUUCAGAGAAUGCGGGCCGACAUGGGCGGCACCAACAUCCUCUCCCCGCUCAAGUGGGUCAUCCGGCAGCCGGUGCACAGAGGCCACCCGCGACUUCUCUUCGUGGUCACAGACGGGGCAGUCAACAACACCGGGAAGGUGCUGGAGCUGGCGCGAAACCACGCCUUCUCCACCAGGUGCUAUAGCUUUGGAAUUGGACCCAACGUCUGCCACAGGCUGGUGAAGGGGCUGGCAACCGUGUCCAAGGGCAGUGCUGAGUUCCUGAUGGAGGGGGAGCGGCUGCAACCCAAGAUGGUCAAAUCCCUGAAGAAGGCCAUGGCCCCGGUCCUGAGCGAUGUGACUGUGGAGUGGGUUUUCCCCGAGACCACCGAAGUCCUGGUCUCCCCCGUGAGCACCAGCACCCUCUUCCCUGGGGAGCGGCUGGUGGGAUACGGCAUUGUGUGUGACGCCUCCUUAUACAUCUCCAACUCCAGAUCGGACAAGAGGAGGCGGUACAGCAUGCUGCAGUCUCAGGAGUCCAGCAGCUCUGUCUUCUACCACUCACAGGACGAGGGGCCUGGCUCAGACAAUGCAAAUUGUGCCAAGAGCUUGGGGGAGCCCCUCAACCUGAGGCAAGCCACAGAUGCCCGGCCAUCCAGCGGCGACUCCCCCAUCACUCCUGGUGCAAGCCUCUCCCAGCGACGGCGGGCAUAUAGCACCAACCAGAUCACCACCCACAAGCCCUCCCCGAGGGCCACCACAGUCAGCGACCCCACGAUGGCUGCCAGGAGAUACCCUCUGCGGAAAGCCAAGCUGCAGGACCUCAUCAACCAGCCCAGCCUGGAUGCCCAGCCAAGACAGAUUGAUUUGCAGCCCUUCCUGAACAAUGGCUGGGACCUGUCCCAGGGCCCCAAGCUCCGGGGCCCCGGGGCCCGCAGGCCCUCUCUGCUGCCCCAAGGCUGCCAGCCCGUCGUGCCCUUUGACCAGGAGCCCCAGGCCUGGAGCCCCAUGAGGGACAUGGAUCUUGGGAACGGCCUGAAGCCUUCCUCAGACAGCCUCAGCCCCGGGGACCCGGAUCACCAGCCCUCCUCCUUGGAGGCCCAGACCUCCCCGGCCUGGGAGCUGCAGGCCAGCGCCGAUGGGCUGGCCACCCCAGACCCCGUGCUGGGCAAGGCCGUGGUCAAGGGCCUGCGUGACAGCCAGCGUCUGCAGUGGGAGGUGAGCUUCGAGCUGGAGCCCCCGGGCCGCGAGCCGGACGCCGACCUGUGGAGGGAGACCUUCCACCACCUGGCGGCCCGCGCCAUCAUCCGGGACUUCGAGCAGCUGGCGGAGCGCGAGGGCGACAUAGAGCAAGGAUCCAGCCGCCGCUACCAGGUGAACGCUGUGCACACCAGCAAGGCCUGCAACAUCAUCAGCAAGUACACCGCCUAUGUGCCCGUGGACGUGAGCCAGCGGCUGUACCUGCCCACCGUGGUGGCCUACCCCAGCUCCGGUGCUGCACUUCGGAUGGCCAACUCCCGGGCCCUGAGCCAACAACAGUGGAGAGGCAGCCCCGCUGGCUUCAGUCGGUCGCAGAGCAUGCUUAAGGAAGACUCGGCAGCAGGAUCUGGCAAAUUUCAGAACCUAAAUGGGGAGGAAAGCCCCUCUGUGCCCUCCAGCAACGCCACAUCCCCGGGCGGAGAGAAGCACGCUGCCUCUGAGGGUCCCCUGCACGGGCUGGCCACCAACACCCUGUCUUCCCUGAAGACCUCGGAGACCCUGUUUGGAACCAGGCUGACUCUCAAGAAGUCCAGGCUGCUGACCAAAGCCGCCAGGGGCUUCCUGGGCAAGCCGCUGACCAAGUCGCCGGAGUCCACGCCGCCUGGGAGCCCAAGCUUCGACUAUAUCCCACUGGUGUCUCUGCAGCUGGCCUCCGGCGCCUUCCUGAUGAACCAAGCCUUCUGCGAGGCCAUCCACAUCCCCAUGGACAAGCUCAAGUGGACCUCGCCCUUCAGCUGCCACCGACUGUCCCUCCCAGCCCGCCAGCCCCAGGCUAAGAGCAGCCCCGCAUCUCAGCACCCCGUGUGUGACACCUUCUCCGAGGAGACGCUGGCCGGGGACAAGGCAGGCUGGGAGCUCCAAGCGGGGAAGCUGUGGGCCACGGUGGUGGCCCUGGCGUGGCUGGAGCACAGCUCGGCAUCCUACUUCGUGGAGUGGGAGCUGGUGGCUGCCAAGGCCAGCGCGUGGCUGGAGCAGCAGGAGGUGCCUGAGAACCUGACGCGGGGCACGCUCAAGGCCGCCGCCCUGCAGCUGUUUGUGCUCCUGCGGCACUGGGACGAGAGCCUGGAGUUCAAUAUGCUCUGCUAUAACCCGAAUUAUGUGUAGGGGGUGGGGUGCUGGGGCAGGGAAGGGUGGGGAGAGGACCCCGUGGCCUUGGUGGGGGAGCUUUGGAAGCUGUAAUAUAUUGGUUGCUAGAAAGAACCCCGGACUAGCGAUCAGGAGGUCUGAAUUCAAUCCCAACUUUGCUACCACCUGGCUGUGCAACUGAAGGCCAGACAGUAGCCCCCGUCUGAGCCUCAGUUUCCCUCCCUGUAAGAUCAGUGGGUGAGGUGAGGUUGGACUAGAUCUCUAGAAGGGUCAAAGGUUCCUUUCUGCCUGGACUGUGGGCUGUUGUGGGGUUACUGCCGCUGGGGGUGGAGAGGGAGCACAGCUUAAGCCUGGGUUCCCCCAAGAGGAACCCAGUGGCUAGUGUCCCCUCAAAUAAAAGGAUGAAUGAGCAAACCCCAAAACUGCAAGUAACCAGAUGUACAAGCUUAUAGCGAGGCAGGAGAGACCACCUCUGCCUGCUGCAUUGUGGGAUAGGCACUUGUCUCCAUGGUGACAGCCCAGGACCCCUCAAUCACGCUUACAAACCCACUUGAGGACCAUGCUCCCCAACACUGGGUAGAGGAGCCACCGGGGCCUUUUCCUCCGCCUAGAAGACCUCCGUGUGUUUUAGUAUUGACGUGUGACUUCCUAGCUAAGAAAAGCUGGUGUGCAGGGUAAGGGGAGACACCGUGCAAGCUGGGGUGGAGAAUGAAGCGGAGGUCUGUGCAAAAACAGUCCCAAAGAACAGAUGUAGUCAGAGGAGUCAGAGGAGAGACCAGACAGCACUUGAGUAAUUUACACACUGUCAGGAAGUACAUAGUGCAAUCUCCACCCAUCCGUGCUGAGGGGCUAGAGAGGCACCCUGUGCCCGCUGCAUUCUGGGACGGGGUGUCACAGUGUGGGGGACAGGGGCCUUCUUUGCAACAGGAAACCGUGCUUGGCUGCAGCGCAUUCUGGGCAGCAGCUCCAGCCAGGAGACGUGACAUAUUCAAUGAAAUGAAAGACUUCUGAAGCUUCCAGGCAGAGAGGCCCUGGGGACUUGCUCUCGGGCCCCCCAGGUUAUGCCAUGUGGUGACAUCUGCGUUGCAGCCUCAGAUUCCCUCUUGGCCCAGCGAUCUCUGCCCCAACAGGCUCCCCUGGAGGCAGGUCCGGACCUCACCAAGGAAGCCCACCAGCUUGGCGCCCCGGGCUGAGUCCGCACACCCCACGCGCACACCCCUCUCCAAGGCCUUAACCUCGCCUCAUCAAGUGGCCCUGCCAGGCCCCACGGCCUUGGCACAAGCUUCCCGCUUCCUAGAUACUCGGAGGGCCCCAGACCCAUGAAGCACGUUGACUCCGGCGCCAUCUCAGCCUCGGGAAGACUCAGAAAUCCCCGUCUUCAGCAGGAGCUGAGGGGGCCCAGGGGCCCAGCACCCACCAGGCUGGAGAAAAGGCAGCCCUAACAGGAAGUGGUACCCCACACAGCCCCCACCCCAGGAAGAGCCCUCCCUGACCUCCUACUGAGCUGCAACAUCUCCCAGGCGCCUCUCUGCACCAGCCCCUGAGGCCCUCACAGAAAGCUGGGCUCCAUCCCCAAGGGAGGGGGCGGGGCUGGAGGCUUAAUAUAAAUCCCGCCAGCUGCUUGGCUCACUGUUCCGUUCUCACCCUCUGGGCAGCCACUAACCAGUGGCAACCACCACCCCAGGCGGGACCUGAUGCCAGAAGGGGAUGUUGGCUCAGUGUCAGCGCCACCCAGACGGGUAAGGGCUGUAGGCUGUCUUGCUCAAGGCCUCGAGCAGGUGUGAGGACAGUAUUGUCCGCCCACCCCACCACCUCCUGCCGCCCACCACCAUCACCAAAAUAACACUGCAGCUGUGCAGCAGCAGCCCCGCCCAGAGGAAGGAGGGAGGACCAUGGCAUCCAUUGAUGGAAAGGUUGUCAGGCAGAUGGUUAACGCGCCUGGCACUAGUUUGGGCAAGUGGCAUCUCUGGGUGCCCUGGAGCCGGGGCUUCCCCCUGCUCUGACUUUCCCAGAUUCCCGGCCUCUGGAUUUGUUUCCUCUUAGUGACCAUGGACUUGCUCCAAUUGUCUGGGUGACCUUGAACAAGUCACCUCUGCUUUCUGGGCCUCUUUCCUCCUCUAACGCAAGCAGGUGGGACCGGGCUGUCCAGUCUCCCGAUUAACCUGAUUCUGGUGUCAGGGCUCAGUGUGGACAAUGACUAGGGGCUUAGGAUGGCCCGGCAUCUGCCCAGGAUGGAAUGAGACACCUGGAAGGAGCAACCGAGAGACCCAGCAAGGCCAAGAGCACGCCACCCGCUUCACAGGGAGCAUCCUCAGACCCUGCCCCGGUAGCAGCAGCUGGAGGGCUGGACACCUUUGAUGCACAAGCAAGUUGCUGACCUCCGCUCUCCCUGGCUGUCCCGGCCAGCACCCAAAGGUGCAGAGGAGCACCUCUGGUGACGGGCUGCCCUGUGCCCCUGCCUGGAACCUGUGGGACACUCCAGCACCCACCAUGGCCGAGCCCAGAUUCUGCCUCUGGUACAGCAUAUUGGACUGUCUCCGAGUGGCCCCCAGACCCAAAUCAUUUCUUAACCUGAGAGCCCGGGGAAGGGUUAGAGAGAGAGGGGCAGUGCUACCCGGGGAAUGGGCCGUGUGUUCAUUGCCAUGGCAACUGGGAGAUCGAUCCUUUCCCCACUUCUCUAGCAGGGUCUAGAGAAAACAAAAAAAGAACGGGCGCCUUCCGGGGCUGUAGCUCGCUCCGUGGCCCAGUGUACAAAUCAGCGAGGCAGGGGCCUGGGCAGCCCUCUGCAGCGGGGUAAUCUGCUCGCUCGCUUGGCAGAGGUCUCUCCUGAGGCCAGGAGCUCAGCGGCAUCUCCUGGCCAGGCCCCAGCCCCUACAAUGAGGCUCCCUGAACCCGUACUCGGCCGGCCCCAGCCUGGUGGCCUAAGCCUCGGAGCAGCACUAUCUCCCGGGUUCCCUGACAAAGCAGGCUUUCUCCUGUUCAUGCUGCAGACCUCCUCGGCUGGAACCGGCCGGAACCGGCCGUCUUGAGCUUCUCACCGCAUCCCAAGGCAACGCGCCUCGUCUCCACGUGGCCGCCGGUGGGGACGCACGCAGUGCCGUUUCUCUGUUUGCCCAGGGGCUUUGGCUCGAGUGGCAUGGCCGGUGCUUGUCCCCUCGAAGCCUCAAGUGCCUACAAUGCGCUGCCCCGUCCCCUCGCCUGCUCACCCGUAAUGUCCCCCUGGUGCCUGUGACCCUUGUUCUUGGAAUAACCUUGCCUGUCUGCCCGGUGGCCAGCUGGGUGGGCGUCAUGGAAGUCCUGCCCAUCAGCCACCUGAUAUCCACUGAGAACUGGCAAAUCGCAUUCCCGGGCCGUGUGAGUGUGUCUGUCCUCAGAGGAAUGGCUUAUCUGCCAGUGGUGGCUACUGUUCUCGUGUAGGCUUUUAGCUCAUAAAACCUGUGGAACGUGAUGACGUGACAACAUUA